CGCUGCGGCCCUGAUGAUAGCCACCUCGAGGGAGUCUUGGGACGUCGUCACCGCGUCCGCCCUCGGCCACUUCGAGGCCCGAGAACGUGUCGUAUCCUUCCUGAUGUUGCGAUUCACUCUCCUGCCAGCAGUGCUCUCGCUCUCCCCAGUGAUGAGCUCGGCGUUCCCCCAGGGCCCUCUGCGCAAGCGUCCUGCGGCAGCCUCGGACGUGCCCCCGGCAGCGGCGACGCUGGCGCGCGCGGCACCUGGGCCUGGCAGCCACCGGGCUUACGCCAGCAUGCUGGGCUUCGACGCCUGGGUGGGCCAGAGGCUCUGUGCCACCAGCGACCCAGCGCAGCUCGACGGGGCCGCGCGCGACUACCUCAACCACCUCUUCGAGCAGGGUUACCACCAGACUUACGCCAACCGCAUGAUAGCGGCAGCAGCCUGGCGCGAUCCGCGCUAUGCGAAGACGGGUCCCCUCGACCUGCCGCUCGCGAAGCAGGCCGCCACGGGAUGGCGCAACCUCGCGCCGCCUCGCAGCCGCAUGGCCCUGCCGUACGAGGUCGUCGCCAUGAUAGUCAAUUAUCUUUCGCAUCAUCAGAGCACCCUGGGGGCGUUCGCGAUUUGGCCCCUCUUCGAGAUCUACGGCCACCCAGGAGAGAUUCACGGGCUGCGGCUUCAGGACGCGGCGCUGCCGUCGGCAGCUGCCUCGGGAGCCCAUCGCUACGCAUCGGUGACGCUGCACGCACAGGAGGUCGGCGACGUCUCCAAGACAGGCGAGUUCGACGCCUCGGUGCGGCUGGAUCUCGACAGGCAG